CCGGGCGGGGGCGGGGGCCGGACGGUCACGUCCCCUCUGCCCCCAGACCAGGAGCUGCGGAAUGUCAUUGACAAGCUGGCGCAGUUCGUGGCGCGGAACGGGCCCGAGUUCGAGAAGAUGACGAUGGAGAAGCAGAAGGAGAAUCCCAAGUUCUCGUUCCUCUUCGGGGGCGAGUUUUACGGCUACUACAAGUACAAACUGGCGCUGGAGCAGCAGCAGCUGCUCUGCAAACAGACUCAAGACAUAGAGGCCACUGCACAGAUCCCACCAUUGUCACAGCCCUCUGUUCCACCAGCUGCAACUAUCCCAGCUCCUCAGGGUGCUCCUUCUGUGGAAGAACUUAUCCAGCAGAGCCAAUGGAAUCUCCAGCAGCAGGAGCAGCAUCUACUUGCUAUGCGACAGGAACAAGUUACAUCAGCAGUAGCCCUUGCAGUUGAACAACAAAUGCAGAAAGUCCUGGAGGAAACCCAGCUAGACAUGAAUGAAUUUGAUAACUUGCUGCAGCCAAUAAUUGACACAUGUACAAAAGAUGCAAUCUCAGCUGGAAAAAACUGGAUGUUUAGUAAUGCAAAGUCUCCUCAGCACUGUGAACUGAUGGCUGGACAUCUACGAAAUCGCAUAACAGCUGAAGGGGCUCACUUUGAGCUUCGGUUACACUUAAUCUACCUAAUCAAUGAUGUAUUGCAUCACUGCCAGCGGAAGCAAGCACGAGAUCUUCUGGCUGCUUUACAGAAGGUGGUUGUACCUAUAUAUUGUACUAGCUUUUUAGCUGUGGAAGAGGAUAAGCAACAGAAAAUUGCCAGACUUCUUCAGCUGUGGGAGAAAAAUGGCUACUUUGAUGAAUCAAUUAUUCAGCAGUUACAGAGCCCAGCUCUUGGACUUGGCCAGUACCAGGCAACUUUGAUCACAGAAUAUGCAUCAGUGGUACAGCCUGUGCAGGUGGCCUUCCAGCAGCAGAUACAGAACCUAAAAACACAACAUGAAGAGUUUGUCAAUAGCUUAACACAACAGCCACAGCAGCCGCAACAACAAAUACAAAUACCACCACCUGAGAGUGAAGUAAAAUCAACACCCCCAGCUCCAGCUCCCACACCUGCUCCGGCUCCAACACCUGCUCCAGUCAGUCAAACAGAUGAUGGCAAAUCACAGCUUCCUCUAGCUGGUUCUUCAGAAUAUGAUACAACAGGGACUGGGGUGCAAGAUCCUGCAGCUUCUGGACCACGUGGCCCUGGGCCUCAUGAUCAGAUUCCUCCAAAUAAACCACCCUGGUUUGACCAGCCUCAUCCUGUUGCACCUUGGGGUCAACAACAGGGCCCACCACACUGUCCUCCAUGGAAUAACAACCACGAAGGAAUGUGGAAUGAACAAAGAGACUCAGGAUGGAAUAACCAGCGGGAGACCCCUUGGAAUAACCAGCCAGAUCCUUCUUGGAACAACCAGUUUGAAGCACCAUGGAAUAACCAGCAUGAGCAGCCUCCCUGGGGUGGGGGCCAAAGGGAACCUCCAUUUCGAAUGCAACGUCCACCCCACUUCAGAGGCCCAUUCCCUCCACAUCAGCAACAUCCCCAGUUCAAUCAGCCCCCACAUCCACAUAAUUUCAACCGCUUCCCACCUCGCUUCAUGCAGGACGACUUCCCACCGCGUCAUCCCUUUGAAAGGCCACCAUAUCCUCAUCGUUUUGACUAUCCCCAAGGGGACUUCCCUCAAGAAAUUGGACCUCCUCAUCAUCACCCUGGGCAUAGAUUGCCUCAUCCUGGAAUUGGUGAACAUCCUCCUUGGGGUGGGCCGCAGCACCCUGAUUUUGGACCUCCUCCACAUGGAUUUAACGGGCAGCCUCCUCACAUGCGGAGACAAGGACCCCCUCACGUGAACCAUGAUGAUCCUAGCCUGGUGCCAAAUGUCCCCUACUUUGAUCUUCCUGCUGGACUUAUGGCUCCGCUUGUGAAACUUGAAGAUCACGAAUAUAAACCUUUGGAUCCUAAAGAUAUACGUCUUCCACCUCCAAUGCCUCCAAGUGAGAGAUUGCUGGCUGCAGUUGAAGCAUUUUAUAGUCCUCCAUCUCAUGACAGGCCAAGAAACAGUGAAGGCUGGGAGCAGAAUGGGCUGUAUGAGUUCUUCAGAGCUAAAAUGAGAGCUAGACGGAGGAAAGGUCAGGAGAAGAGAAAUAGUGGGCCAUCUCGAUCUCGCAGUAGGUCUAAAAGCAGAGGUCGCUCUUCCUCACGAUCCAAUUCAAGAUCUUCAAAAUCAUCUGGCUCUUAUUCAAGAUCCCGAUCCCGAUCCUGUUCCCGAUCACGAUCCUAUUCACGAUCGCAGUCCAGAAGCAGGAGCAGGUCCCACUCUUCCCAUAGUCGGUCACGGUCACGGUCACGAUCAAGAUCUAAAUCUUACUCCCCGGGAAGGCGGCACCGGUCCCGAUCUCGCAGUCCUACUCCUCCCUCUGCUGCUGGUUUAGGCUCUAGCUCAGGACCUCCUAUACCUGAUUCAAGACUCGGAGAAGAAAAUAAGGGGCAUCAAAUGUUAGUGAAAAUGGGAUGGAGUGGAUCUGGAGGAUUGGGAGCCAAGGAACAAGGAAUUCAAGACCCAAUUAAAGGAGGGGAUAUCCGAGAUAAAUGGGAUCAGUAUAAAGGAGUAGGAGUUGCACUGGAUGACCCAUAUGAAAACUACCGCAGAAAUAAAAGUUACUCGUUUAUUGCACGCAUGAAGGCCAGAGAUGAAUGUUAAUUCUAUUUGAAGUGGAGGGGUGCUGCCUUGGGAGCAAGUCAGACUGAUGCUGAGCAGUGUAUCCUAAUGUCUAAAUGGGGAAUGAAGCACCUAAUUCCAAUACAGGUGACCUAUGAGCACUGUAUGAGCUUAUUAUUACCUACUACACAACUUAAAGCCCCUAUGCACCACCUGCUGCAGUCACAACUCUAUUCAGAAUGCAGUGUUAACUGUUUUAGCCAUUCAAGUGCUCUGAGAUGUUCAAGCUUUGUAAUGAAAGACAUUCUUUAAGCCUUUUUAUAUUUUUGUAUAUACCCUUGAAUAAAAGCUAAAACUAGUUCAGUAGACAAGACUCCAUUUUCCUAACCCCACAUUUCUAAAUAUGAAGCAUUCAUGAAAACCACCACCUUACCUACAAAAUACCCUUUUUUGUAACUGAAUUGUUUCCAGAGACCACCAGCUACAGUUGUUAGAUAUCCUUACACUGCACCUCCAAUGCAGAGGUCUGCCAGAUGGCAGCCUCUUCUAGAGCUGUUUUUACAGUUUAAAAACCCUCUUCAAAUUCAUCCACUCCAAUAUGGUAAUCGGCUUGUUUAGAUUUACUGUAGCUGUGAAACUGUAACUGUCUGUGAAUCAGCAAAAGACAUGUAUGUUACCAACUUGUGAAUUUUACUGUUUUGCCUUCAAAUAAACACUUUUAUAAAACCAU